AUGGGCAUUGACAAGGUGUAUUCUGGUCAGAAGCCCGGUACCAUACCACUACACAGGAGCGCAGCAACUGAUGACAGUCCUGGUAGGCUGAUAGGGAGCUCCUUCCAAGCAUCGGCCAUAUGCAAUCCACAAAAUUAUGGAGCUCAUACAGGCGUAGGAUAUCACCAAGUCUGGCAACUGGGAGCUCCUUCCAAGCAUCGGCCAUAUGCAAUCCACGAAAUCAUGGAGCUCAUACAGGCGUAG